CAGGACCCUGGUCUUCCCCCCCCACCCCUCCGCCAAGGGUGCGCCCGCGCACUGCUAUCUCCGUCCUCUGUGACCCCCCCCCCUGCCCGGGGAGGAGGGUGGGAUAUCUGGAUGGGAACCCACUCCCCAAUCCCAAGCUGCCAAAGUGCUCCGAAGUUGAGGUCCUGUCUGUCCCUCCCUCCCCACCCGCGGGCAGUGCCCACCCUCAGUGGGCAAUCGGAGGUGCUUCUUCCAGGCCCCCGGGCAGAGACCCUCCUCCCCCAUCACACCGAGAUUGGCAGGCCGUGGACGGGGGUGGGGGGGGUGCCCUGGGAACAUCCAGACCCCCCUCUCCCACACGCUCCCCAGGACAGAGCUUGCAGCCAGGCCUGGAGCCCCGGCCCCGCCCCGGUUGCCUGGGCCCAGCCUCCCCACCAUCUCCCUGGGGAGGGCGCCUCAUUCCUGUCCUUCACUUUCUGCGCUACCUUGAAGCUCCACAAUGCCCCACUGAGCUUGAGCAGCACUUAGUGGAGACAAGGAGACAGCACCCAUGGAUGGGCCUCUGGUAGGUGGCCUGGCCACCCCGGAUCAUCCUCGAGGCCCAGAGAGACUGCCUGGCCCGGCCCCUAGGGAGGAGGAUGAGAAUGGGGCUGAGGCUGCUGAGGGGGAAGGUGACAUCUUCCGGACUACCCGUUACCUGCCUGUCACCAAGGAAGGCCCCCGAGACAUUCUGGAUGGCAGAAGUGGCAUUUCUGACGGGCAGCCCCAUCCUGGCCUCAGCGAAGCCCUCCCCCGUGCUUCCUCCACCACCCAUCGGAUCAGCAGCUGCUGCUGGGAUGGAGACAGCCUGGACUUCCGGUCAGGCUCCCCACCACCCCAUUUCCUGGGCCCCUUCCCUGGGCACCUUGAUGUCCGGGGGCCCUGGGAGCACCCCCUGGUCCAGGAGGCCAGGGAGGGCAUCCCAUCUGACCAGAGAUUUGACACUGUGAGAACCAUGAAACCCCAUGCUGAGCUUGAGGGCUCUAGAAAGUUCCUGCACCACCAGGGUGAGCUGGAGCUCUUGGACAGAUACCCCCUGGGCCACCACAGAUUUGAUUGGUUCCAAGAUACAGAUGAGCAGGGAUCCCCAAGAGACGCAGGGCUCCACCUGGACCUGCAUCCCCAGCCACGACCCCUAGCCUCCUUCAGGAGGGUCAUUGUGCCAGUGGAUGACGCUCCCAAGUCGCUGGACAUGGAGAUCGUGGGGACCAGGGAGCACCUGGAGGGGCUGGUGCGCCCCUCCGAGUGGGUCCUCCACACGUCGGCCUCGGAAGUGGCCACACAGACCUGGACGGUGAACUCGGAGGCCUCCGUGGAACGGCUGCAGCCGUUGCUGCCCCCGGUCCAGACGGGGCCAUACCUGUGUGAGCUGCUGCAGGAGGUGGCCGACGGCCUAGCCGGCCGGGGGGACGACAGCGAGGAGGAGGAGGAGGACGAGGAGCCAGCCGUGUUCCCCUGCAUCGAGUGCAGCAUCUACUUUAAGCACAAAGAGCACCUUCUGGAGCACAUGAGCCAGCACCGGCGGGCCCCGGGCCAGGAACCUCCUGCCCACUUGGCGCCCCUGGCCUGCGGGGAAUGCGGCUGGGCCUUCGCGGAGCCCGCGGCCCUGGAGCAGCACCGGCAGCUGCACCAGGCCUCCAGGGAGAAGAUCAUUGGGGAGAUCCAGAAGCUGAAGCGGUUUCCGGGCGACGAGGGUGGCAGUGCCCGGCUGCGGUGCCCUGAAUGCGCCUUCGGCACCAAUUCCUCCAGAGCCUUCGUGCGGCACGCGAAGCUGCACGUGCCGGAGCCGCUGUCCGGGCAGCCAGCCGCGGGGCCGUUCAGGGGUGGCAUCAGGGCCUGCAGCCCAGUCCCUGGGGCUGGCACCCUCUCCUGCUCCCCCUACGGAGCCUCCCCGGGCCUCAGCGCCGCCGCCCGGGGCUUUUCGGCAGCGUCCAGCGAGGGUCUGCUCGGGGGGCACGUGAGGGUUGUGCAUGCCCAUCCCCACUGGGAGGAGGAUGGCCAAGCCUUUGAGGAAGACUCUGCCAGCCAACCGGGCACUAGCCAGGAGGCAAGCGACCACUUCGCUGCCACGGUCACCACGGACUGCUUUGGUGAAGCUCAGCCGUUCCUGGCCCCGGUGUGGCGGGAAAACCCCGAUGGAUACGACCCUGCCUUGGCCUUUGGCCCAGACGACGGGCAUCUGGGCAUGAGGGAUCUGGCCUUUCCCUCCCCGCUGCCGCCUGCUUGCUACUCGGUGCAGCUCAGCAGCAGCAGCAGCAGGAGCGCUGGCCGCCUCCGGGCAUCGGAGGGGCAGAGGCACUACUGGAGCGAAGAGGAAGAGGAAGACGUGGCUCUGACUUCCCAAGUAGACUUUGCCCCAGAACAUGGGGUCUGCGCACCCUCAGACACCCCUGCCCUCAUCCCUCGGCCGGCUUUAGAGCUGAAGCGGACUUUCCAAGACGCCUUGAAGGCCACUGACGCUUCGCGGGCCCAGCGGCAGCAGCUCGGAGGGAUGGUGCCCAUUGUUCUGAUGCCAAAGCUCAGGCCGCAGGUCACGGCUGCGGCAAGCGGGUCGCCCCCGAGGCUGCGGCCUGAGGGGGAGCUAGGGCCAGGGGUCUCUCACCCCCUGGACUUCCUGCUCCUAGACACGCCCCUGCAUGGCCCACUGGGCCUAGACAGACUCCUGGACGGGGACGGGGACCCAGCCGUGGCUCUGAAGCAGGAGGAACGGAAGUGUCCCUACUGCCCGGAUCGCUUCCACAAUGGUAUCGGGCUGGCCAACCACGUGCGGGGCCACCUGAACCGCGUGGGGGUCAGCUACAACGUCCGGCACUUCAUCUCCGCAGAGGAGGUGAAGGCCAUUGAGCGCAGGUUUUCCUUCCAGAAGAAGAAGAAAAAAGUGGCCAACUUUGACCCAGGCACCUUUAGCCUGAUGCGAUGUGACUUCUGUGGGGCUGGCUUCGACACCCGGGCCGGCCUCUCCAGCCACGCCCGUGCCCACCUGCGCGACUUUGGCAUCACCAAUUGGGAGCUCACUGUCUCGCCCAUCAACAUCCUGCAGGAGUUGCUGGCCACCUCGGCUGCUGAGCUGCCCCCCAGCCCCUUGGGCCACGAGCCCGGUGGCCCUGCCGGCGGCUUCCUGACCUCCCGCCGACCACGCUUACCUCUCACCAUGCCCUUCCCACCCACCUGGGCUGAGGACCCUGGGCCGGUCUACGGAGAUGGGCUGGGUUCUGAGGAAAACACAAUGGUGGCCAUGGACUUGGGGUCUUCCUCACUCCCUAAGAAGAGCCAGCCUGUUUCUGGGGCCCUGGAGCAGGUGGCCAGCCGACUGAGCAGCAAGGUGGCCGCCGAGGUUCCUCACGGCAGUAAACAGGAGCUGCCAGACCUCAAGGCCCAAAGCCUGACCACCUGCGAAGUCUGCGGUGCCUGCUUUGAGACGCGCAAGGGCCUGUCCAGCCACGCUCGCUCCCACCUGCGGCAGCUGGGGGUGGCAGAGUCUGAGAGCAGCGGCGCACCCAUCGACCUGCUCUACGAGCUGGUGAAGCAGAAGGGCCUGCCCGACGCCCCCCUCGGCCUGCCCCCGGGCCUGGCCAAGAAGUCGAACUCGCCGAAGGAACUGAUGACCGGAGCGGCCAGACCUGGCCUGCUCACCCUGGCCAGACCCCUGGACGCCCCCGCCGCCAACAGAGCCAUCAAGUCGCCUCCUGGCUUCUCGGCCAAGGGCCUUGCUCACGCGUGCAGCGCCUCACUCCUCAAGAAGUCGCCGCUGGCUCUGGCUGGAUCCUCUGCCCCCGAGAAUCCUGAGGACAAGAGCCCCCAGCUGUCCCUGAGCCCCCGGCCAGCCUCCCCAAAGGCACAGUGGUCCCAGUCGGAAGAUGAGGGCCCCCUGAACCUCACUUUAGAUAGUGACGGGGGCAGAGAGCUGGACUGCCAGCUGUGCGGUGCCUGGUUUGAGACCCGAAAGGGCCUGUCCAGCCACGCUCGUGCCCACCUGCGCCACCUGGGCGUCAGCGACCCGGAUGCCAAGGGAUCCCCCAUAGACGUGCUCCACGGGCUCAUCAGGAGGGACGGCGUCCAGAUCCGCCUCCCACCCGGGCACGGAGUCCUGGCCCAGCUGGGGCGGCCUCCUUCCGCCUCUACGGCCCUCUCCUUGCUCCCCCCCCCAACGCCGGCCAAGAAGGCCAAGCUGAAGGCCGCCAGUAUGGCCAGCCCCUGGGGGAAGCAGGACCUCUCGGCCGCCGGCAUUUUCUGGGCCUCUGAUGUGGAGCCGUCUCCUCUCAACCUCUCCUCUGGGCCAGAGCCAGCACGAGACAUCCGCUGCGAGUUCUGCGGGGAGUUCUUCGAGAACCGCAAGGGCCUGUCCAGCCACGCGCGCUCCCACCUGCGGCAGAUGGGUGUGACUGAGUGGUAUGUGAACGGCUCGCCCAUCGACACGCUGCGGGAGAUCCUGAAGAGACGGACCCAGGCCAGGCCAGGAGGACACCUUCAUGCUCCAGGGCCCGGCCCCAGAGCCCUGGCGAAGGUGGUGGGCAGCGCAGGUCCUGGCAGCUCACUAGAAGCUCGCGGCCCCUCAGACAUUCACAUCUCACCGCUUGCCAAGAAGUUGCCGCCGCCGCCAGGCAGCCUCCUGGGCCACUCGCCGACCACCUCUCCUCCCACGGCCCGGAAGAUGUUCCCAGGCCUUGGCACAUCCUCCCUGCCCAAGAAGCUGAAGCCUGAACACAUGCGGGUGGAGAUCAAGCGGGAGAUGCUUCCAGGGGCCCUUCAUGGGGAACUGCACCCAUCCGAGGGUCCCUGGGGGGCACCACGGGAAGAAUUGACACCCUUGAACCUGUCGUCCCGGGCAGAGCCAGCACGAGACAUCCGCUGCGAGUUCUGCGGGGAGUUCUUCGAGAACCGCAAGGGCCUGUCCAGCCACGCGCGCUCCCACCUGCGGCAGAUGGGUGUGACUGAGUGGUCCGUGAACGGCUCGCCCAUCGACACGCUACGGGAGAUCCUCAAGAAGAAGUCCAAGCUGUGCCUCAUCAAGAAGGAGCCCCCAGCCGGAGACUUGGCUCCUGCCCUGGCUGAGGACGGGCCUCCCGCAGCAGCCCCUGGGGCCGUGCAUUCCCCACUGCUGCUGUCGCCCCUCGCUGGCCGGCCAGGUAAACCCGGAGCUGGGCAAGCCCAGGUUCCCCGUGAGCUCAGCCUGACACCGGUCACCGGAACCAAACCCGCAACCACCAGCUACCUGGGCCCAGUGGCAGCCAAGCGGCCUCUGCAAGAGGACCGCCUCUUCCCAGCAGAGGUCAAGGCCAAGACCUACAUCCAGACUGAACUGCCCUUCAAGGCAAAGACCCUCCAUGAGAAGACCUCCCACUCCUCGACUGAGGCCUGCUGUGAGCUCUGUGGCCUGUACUUUGAGAAUCGCAAAGCCUUGGCCAGCCACGCGCGCGCGCACUUGCGGCAGUUUGGUGUGACAGAGUGGUGUGUCAACGGCUCUCCCAUUGAGACACUGAGCGAGUGGAUCAAGCACCGGCCCCAGAAGGUGGGCGCGUACCGCAGCUACAUCCAGGGCGGCCGUCCCUUCACCAAGAAGUUCCGCAGUGCUGGCCACGGCCGUGACAACGACAGGCGGCAGCCCCUGGGGCUGGCACCUGGGGGCCUGUCUUUGGUCGCCCGAAGUGCUGGGGGGGACCCGGGGCCUGAGGCCGGCCGGGCAGCUGACGGUGGUGAGCGGCCUCUGGCAGCCAGCCCCCCUGGGACCGUGAAGUCUGAGGAACACCAGCGGCAGAAUAUCAACAAAUUUGAGCGCCGACAAGCUCGCCCCCAAGAUGUCCCUUCAGGUCGGGGUGGGGAAGAGACCAAUGACCUGCAGCAGAAGCUAGAAGAUGUGCGGCAUCCUCCACCCCGGGUCCGGCCAGUGCCCUCCCUGGUCCCUCGGCCACCACAGACGUCACUUGUGAAGUUUGUUGGCAACAUCUACACUCUGAAGUGCAGGUUCUGUGAAGUGGAGUUCCAGGGCCCCCUUUCCAUCCAGGAGGAAUGGGUGCGGCAUUUACAGCGGCACAUCCUGGAGAUGAAUUUCUCUAAAGUGGACCCUCCGCCUGAGGAGCCCCAGACUCCGCAGGCACAGACAGCAGUUGCAGAGGCGCCCUGACACGAAAGCAUUCCAGAUGCCUCUUGUGCCACCACGGUCUCCUCCUGUUUCUGCUCUGUGGCCUCUCCCACUCUUUCCUCUCUUGUUUUUCUGUUUCCAAAGGAGCAAGCCAAAACCUCCAACCGGCGCCCCUUAGGAGCCGGGCACACUACAACUUGGGCCUUGGGAGCCAGCUAGCCACCCUUCCCCAGCCCAAGGACUCUGGCCACAGGGUGUCUUCCUUCAGUAUAUACCCACCUGGUUGGCCCAGUAGGGGCAGGAGCCAGGUCCCUGGUGGUGGCCAGUGUGGCUGCAGGAGGGGGACAGUUCCCCCUGUGUCUAGCUACCAGGCAGGGCUUGUAUCUGCCACCCGUGGCCAUUAACAAAGACCCCAAAGACCCUGUUCCAGUUCCCUCUUGCCCUUGACUAUCUUCUCACAUGCACAUGCGCGCACCUCAUGAGACCUGGGAUCUGCCCUGGCCCCCCAGUUCCCAAGUCCCAACACCACGUCACGCCACGGUGCUUGCUCAGGGGAAGUCAUGCUCCCUCUGCAGACCUGCUAGGGCCUGGGAGCCCCGCUGAGCCUAAAUGCCACGGAAGUGCUUGUUGGCUGCCCACCCUGCAAAGGGGUCUUGGUAGCUUGGACGAGCUCAGAGCUGACAGCUGCCUCCUGCCAUGUCAUGGCCUCCGAGAGCCUUGAGGGGCUCCAGGGCUGGGAGGGUAGAGCGAGAGGUGGGACUCUCCUCCCCACCUCUGCCACCCUCCCUCUUCUCACUGUUGCUUUCUAUGUAUAGCUCCCUAGAUCUUUGACUUUUUUAAAAACGCAUUUUGUGUAGAGAAUAAGGAACGUGGAUCUUAUUUUGCAAUCCUGGGCCAGCUAGAGACCGGGAGCUGAUUGGCCUUUUAACUGUUCUCAGUGACCACCAUUUGGUUAUUGAUGUACCUAGAACUAUGUAAAUUAGAUUAAAUUUCUCUUCUGGAAACA